GCAAAUUAUUUUGAAAGCACUUUCUCAAAUGGAGCCCUCCUCUUCCUUCUAUUCCUCUCCCAACUCCUCCACCUUCCUCUUCACAUACAGAAACAGAGCACGGCCCCACAGGGCGUCCAUGGCCUCACCGGCGGUAGGGAGUGGGAUAGCGAGCCUCCCUAGCCUCUCGCGCAGCCGCGAGUUCCAGGUGGUCGGCCAGGGGCAGCAUGUGGCCGGCCGUCCAUGUGCGGCGGCGGCAGCGCAGAGCGCGGCGACGGAGCACGGGAGCAGUAGGCGUUCACGGCGGCGCGCAAGGUUUUCCGGCGAACUGCGGCUCUAUGCGAAGGUACGACGGGUUUGAUAGCAGCAUGAGUUUACCUUAGUGGGGGCGCUUGCGUCAGUACAGCAGGAACAUGCCCGAGCCGAGCUGCUCUCGUGAAGAAAGCGCGUGACGGCGGCCAUGGCUAGCGGCGGCGCACAUCACAUGGCGACGGUAGAGGAUCCCAGCGGUUCCCAUGGCGGGAAAACAAUUUCUAACAAGUUUCCGGCAGCGCGCGCGGAGCCGCCGAGCUCGAGUCGGUGUCGGAUUGCUCGCGGAAACACGUCACGCAUUGAAUGCACAGGAACUCGAGUCGGAUUCGAUCCGGCUCGUUCUAUAUAAUCGGACGCACCAAUUUCCCAAUUCCAUCCCGCAUCCGCUCGUCCACUGCUCGCAUCCGCCGACCCACCUCGCCGGCUCUCCCUCAUCCGCGUACCCUACCGGCCGGCUUCUCCGCAUCCGCCGCCGCCGCCGCCACCAUGGCGAACGAGCAGAGCGGGAGCCUCCUGCGGAGGUGGAGGCCAUUCUACGGCGCGUUCGGCGCCAUCGACGACGCGAUCGAGGAGGCAGGCGGGCACCCGCGCGCCGCGUUCCGGGACGUGAGGGUCCGGAUCCUCCAGCUGCUCCGCGGCGCCACCGACGACGGCGUGGCCGAGCAGCUCUGCGGCGCGCUGGACGAGGCCAUGGCGGAAGCGCUCGAGACCCUGCGGGUGGCGCCCGUCCCGCACCGCGCGCUGGCGUCCACCGACCUCGCAAGGACCGUCGGCGCCCUCCUCGACAAGCACGGCUCGGCCCGGAUCCGCCGGCUCGCCGGCGACGUCGUGCGCGGGUGGAAGGCGGCCAACGUCACCGCAACUACAGCAGUCAAGGAAGAGCUCGACAAGCUCUCUGCUGAUGAUCAAAUCCCAGGACAGAGCAUCUCUGCAGUGAUAGCUGAUGGUAAUGCGCGUUUCCGUGGGCGCAAGGAGAAGCUACAGAUACCGCCGGCGAAGACGAUGCUUCCCGCCGGCGAUGUACACAAGAAGAAGCUACAGAUACCGCCGGCGAAGAUGCUUCCUAUCGUCCCCGUCGCCGAGGCACACAAGAAGAUGGUGUAUGUUCCACCAGCGAAGAAGACGAUGCUGCCGAUCGCAGCUACUGUCUCGACACCGAACACGAGCGAGACCAAGAAGGCAGCCGUCGACGAGAGCAAGAAGAUGGAGGCUACGAAACGCAAGCUGCGUGAGGGUUACCAAGAGGCCGAGAAGAUCAAGCGUCAACACACCAUUCAGAAGAUCGACGACAAGGAUGCAGCAAAGAUGUUUGAGCAGAAGCAACGGAAGAUGCAUCCCGUCGUGCGAGAGAGAGGAGGCCGAGCAUCAUGUAGGACAUCCUCAGGCGGCGUCAGGCGUUCGUUGCUUCCCUCUCUUCAGAUGAUUUAGGGUCCGGUCUAGUUCUUUGAUGACUAUUAUUAGGGCAUUCAUGUCAAGUUCUAUCUCUGUAUGUAUAAUGUGAAUUGUGAUCAUCCCUAAUGAAAAAGGAGUAAAUUGUGGUCUUGCUCUUGCAGCAUGUUCUAAGCU